CCUCACUGUACUGUAUGUAUGUUUAAUCACUAUGCUUCACCUUGUUCCUUAUACUUGCUGCAGUUGGGGAACACUUUCUUUGUUUUUGUUGCUUGUGGCUUGAAGGUAGAUGAUUUGGUUCUACCAGGGUGUGAAAGGUUUUUAUCUUUAUUAUUUCGUGAAAAUGUAGCUGCUCUUCACUUCACCUGGCUGCAACAUUUUAUAUUUAAAAAGGGCUGACCGUGUGUUUCUACUGUUCUGGCUCUCAUCCUGCCUGGUUGGUUGUGAAUGAUUUAAUGGUAUGCACCCAUGAACCGUGCAUUGGAUUCUUAGUAACUACCUGGCUGUAGGUUAACAUGUAAAAUUUAGCUGCCUCAAAAUGUACACCAAAUGCACUGAAAUUUGGUUGAUCCAUACACACCUAUACGUUAUUAUAUCACGUGUAACUUGUAUAGCCUACUGUGUCUAUGCGGUUGAUCAACGAAACACGUGUAACAGAAGUGGGCGGGGCGGAAAACUGUAAACACCCAACAGGUUCUGACUUGAUUUGUGACUGAGGUGGAUUAGUUAGUUGUUAGUACUUCAGACGGUAGCUAAUUUCAUCAAAAUGUUUCCUUAGCGCAACAAACUUGAAACACAAAAUGCGAUGCUACCUUCGCGCAUUUCUGCUAUGCGUGGUCUUCUGCUUCUUUUCACUGUUGUAUGUGUUCAGUCACCUAGCGUCCACCUUGGAGAACAGAGACCAGUGGAAUCUGAAAGAGCAGGAGAUACGCGACAGGAGCAGUCAUGACACGGAGCACCUUCUCAGGAAAACGCCAGGACUUAAAGGCCUUCGAGACCGUAACGAUGAGCUUGACAGGUGUAAUUCACUGUCAGUUUCUUACUGGAAUCCAUAUUGGAGACUGCCUGCUGAUGUUUGUGGAGUGAACUGCUUAUUGGAAUCUACCCUUAGAGAGAGGUCAGUCUUUGCAGCCAAGGAAAAGAGUGAUGAAAGGAGCCACCUGGCUGUGGUGGCUUGUGGCCCCAGGCUAGAGGAGACCCUCACUAUGUUGAAGUCUAGCAUUCUCUUCAGCAAAAAGCCCCUGCACUUUUACAUCUUUGCUGAGGAUGAGCUACAUGACAGCUUCAAAAAUGCUCUGGACUCCUGGCCCAGGACAGUUCAGAACAGGUUUAACUUCACCAUCUACUCCAUCACUUUUCCCAAGGAGAAUGCAAGGGAGUGGAAGAAGCUCUUCAAACCUUGUGCUUCUCAGAGACUCUUCCUGCCACUGAUCUUGAAGGAGGUGGAUUCUUUGCUCUAUGUGGACACAGAUAUCCUUUUUCUGCAGCCAGUAGAGGACAUCUGGGCCCUCCUUUCUCAGUUCAAUUUGAGCCACUUAGCUGCCAUGGCUCCAGAGCACGAAGAACCACGUAUCGGCUGGUACAAUCGUUUUGCCCGCCACCCUUAUUAUGGCAAGACGGGCAUCAAUUCAGGUGUGAUGCUCAUGAACAUGACACGCCUCAGGGAGAAAUUUUUUAAGAAUGACAUGACACCAGUUGCACUGCGUUGGGAGGAAAUUUUGAUGCCUCUUCUCCAGAAGUAUAAACUCAAUAUCACCUGGGGUGACCAGGACCUUCUUAAUAUCAUAUUUCACCAUAACCCAGAAAGCUUAUAUGUGUUCCCCUGCCAAUGGAACUACCGUCCAGACCACUGCAUUUAUGGCAGCAACUGUCAAGAGGCUGAUCAAGAAGGUGUCUUCAUUCUCCAUGGUAACAGAGGAGUCUACCAUGAUGACAAGCAGCCAGCGUUUAGAGCCGUUUAUGAAGCCAUCCGCAAGUACCCAUUUGGUGAGAACAUGGAGACCUCACUUCUUCAACCGCUGGAAGCGUCGCUACAGACCACCACACAUACGUACUGUGGAAGAGCCAGUCACCUGUUUAUGAAGAGAUUAAAACAGAGCGUCAUGUCUGUUCAAAUCAUGAGUCAGAGUGCCACCAUCUGCCAGGACUCAGUGCCAGCUUCCCUCCCCUAA